AAGAGAGGCGAAUUACACCUGUGCAAGUGGGCUCUCCUCCAAUUGCACGAGAAAGAGUUGAACUUAGAAAAGUUGAAAAUUUUGGAAAGGUCGGAGCUCGGGCGGGACGACACAGUCGUCAAAAAUUUUGUGCAGUUCAGAGCAAGGAUCGAGGAAAAGGUUCGUCUCGCGUAGUGCACGGCGUGUUCCUGGCAGUAUUCAGUCAGUAAUUUGUCGAGCGAGUGUGGAGUGGCCAGUGCGUGUGGAAUUUAGUGAAAAUUGUUGACAAAGAGGCAGCCAGCGGCCGUCGUCCGUGGAGAGUGUGUGGUGGCCUAAAAACUCGUUUUCACACCUGAAAGAUUUGUGACGUUUACAAAAUACAGUCGGAUCGCUGCGGCUGCAGAAACGUGCGAAGUACAUAGAAUGCUGAAACUAGACAAUUAUAAGCAAUAGACUCUUAAGAAAAUGACUUUAACUGUUUCUGAGUCGGAUACCAAUGCAGUUAAGACAAUGGAGGCCAAUUGUGCUGAAACUUUACCAACAUCCGAAUUAGACCUCCUCGCGAAACUUGAAGCGGCUAAUAAACUGAUUGAAAGCGAUGCGAAAAGUUUGAACUCACUUCAGUCGACACAUAGUCGAAAAAAUUCGGAUACAAGUCAAAUUAGUAUAAAUUCAGGUAACUCUAUCUGCGAAGAAGAUAUUUGGGGCACAUGGGCAACUAUUCUGAAUGACUGGGAGGGCAACAUAAAGAAGAAAUCAUCAAUGGUGCGAGAUCUCGUGAGACGUGGUAUUCCACAUCAUUUUAGACCAAUUGUUUGGCAAUUACUGUGUGGUGCUUCUGAUAUCGAUAAAAAACAAUAUGCAGAAUAUAUAAAAGCAACGUCAGCAUGUGAGAAAGUUAUUCGUCGUGAUAUUGCCCGUACAUAUCCCGAGCAUGAUUUCUUCAAAGAGAAAGAUGGAUUAGGUCAAGAGGCUCUCUUUAAUGUGAUGAAAGCGUAUUCUUUGCAUGAUCGGGAAGUUGGAUAUUGUCAAGGAUCCGGAUUUAUUGUCGGUCUUCUUUUGAUGCAGAUGCCUGAAGAAGAGGCUUUUGCAGUUCUAGUGCAAAUAAUGCAACAACAUCGGAUGCGUGAUAUGUUUAAGCCAUCGAUGGCUGAACUGGGCCUUUGCAUGUAUCAGUUGGAAAACUUAGUGCAGGAGCAGAUCCCUGAUUUGCAUAUGCACUUUCAAUUGCAGAGUUUUCAAACGUCAAUGUAUGCAUCAAGCUGGUUUCUUACUCUCUACACCACAACGUUGAAUCUUCAGCUUAGCUGCCGUAUAAUGGACAUUUUCCUCAGUGAGGGCAUGGAGUUCAUUUUCAAGGUUGCAUUAGCCUUGUUGACAAUAGGGAAAGAGUCCCUACUUUCGCUGGACAUGGAAGCGAUGCUGAAGUUCUUCCAAAAAGAACUUCCACAACGUGUGGAAAACGAUAUUGAAGGAUUUUUCAAUUUAGCUUUUUCCAUGAAAAUCAACACUAAAAAAAUGAAAAAAAUGGAAAAGGAAUAUGCUGAUUUGAGGAAAAAAGAACAGGAAGAAAUGGUUGAGUUACGUCGGUUGCGCAGUGAAAAUCGUUUGUUGAAAAAGCGGAAUGAACUGCUGGAAGCGGAAAGCGCGGAAUUGGCUGACAGACUUGUACGAGGGCAGGUCUCUCGUGCGGAGGAGGAAGAAACUAGCUAUGCAAUUCAGUCGGAACUGCUUCAGUUGCGUCGUUCCUAUUUAGAAGUUUCUCAUCAAUUAGAAAACGCUAAUGAAGAAGUUCGGGCCCUCAGCUUGAGGCUACAGGAAAAUGAUAUUUCCUUGGACGUAGUAAGUGUUCCAAAUAUCAAAAAGAAUAAUUCUCGACAAAGUUCCAUUGAUGAACUCUGCAUGAAAGAGGAAGCGUUAAAAGAACGUGACGAGAUGGUAUCAUGUCUACUAGAAGAACUGGUAAAAGUGCGUCAAAGUUUAGCUGAAAGCGAAGAUACAAUACGAAAUCUAAAGGCAAAAGUUGAGGAACUUGAAGAGGAUAAGAAAACACUACGUGAAACGACACCAGACAACUCAGUAGCACAUUUGCAAGAUGAAUUGAUUGCUAGUAAGUUAAGAGAAGCAGAGGCUAGUCUUUCAUUGAAGGACUUAAAACAACGCGUACAAGAAUUGAGUACACAAUGGCAGCGACAAUUACAAGAGCAAAAACAAGAUAAUGCUCAAGCAUCGGAUUCAACUCCUAAGAAAUUAUUAUUCUGGGAUACUUCAAAAUCAAAUGAAACUCAAAAACUUGAAGAGGAAUUAAUGACAACACGAAUUCGUGAAAUGGAAACAUUGACUGAACUUAAAGAAUUGCGAUUGAAGGUAAUGGAAUUGGAAACUCAAGUACAAGUUUCAACUAACCAACUCCGUCGUCAAGACGAGGAGAAUAAGAGACUUAAGGAAGAGAUAGAGGCAUCAUCACUGCGUGAAAAGGAAUUGGCGAAUAAGGCGAGAGAACAACAGCACAGGUACUCCGACCUUGAGUCGCGAAUGAAGGAUGAAUUGAUGAAUGUCAAGAUUAAAUUUACUGAGCAGAGUCAGACUGUGGCUGAACUGAAACAGGAAAUUUCUCGACUCGAAACGAAGAAUUCCGAAAUGUUAGCCGAAGGUGAGCUCCGCUCCAAUAUGGAUGAAUCGGAUAGGGUUCGUGACUUACAAGACCGAAUUGAAGACUUAAAAGCCGAGCUUUCUGCAUUGAAAAAUCGUGGACGACACCUUGGCAAGCUGAAAAGCGAUUCAAUCCAAUCGAUCGAUUCCAGUGAAAUAGACUUUUCCGAAAUGCAUUUGAGAAAAGAUAGUGCUGACUUAUCAUCAUGAAGGCAAUUUCAUCAUUAUUUUGUUAGGCAACUCUUAAACAAAAAUCAAUUUCAAUCUAACAUUGUUAAUGUUUGUGUUAUUUUCUUCUUUGUUUUCUAUGUGAAAUUCAGAUUACAGUUAGGUAAAAAGUGUCAGAAUAAUAAUGAUAAUAACAAUAAUUGUACCCUCGGGGACAACUCGGGAAAUAAUCUUAAUUGAAAAUGUUUAUGAUGCAUAAACAUAAAAUAAGACCAACACAUAUACUGAGAAAGCCAAAUAGAAAUAGCCAAUUUGACAAAAUAUUAUGAUAAAAUAAUAAUUAGGAAAGUGAAUGAUGAAUUGUGACUAUGUUUGUAAUGUCAGCACAAAAAUAAAUAAAAAAUAAAAAACUAUAAAACAGGAAAUAUGAAAUAAAAAAUACUAACUUGUAGAGUUUUUGAUAUUUUAAAACAAUUUGAAGAUUUAAUCUCUAAAUUGGUGUAGCGUUUUUAAACGAAAGAAGAUGAAUAUAUACAAAAUACGAACAUAUUGGCGGUUUAUAUUCUUAACGAACAUUGCGUUCUUUUAAACAAAAAA